ACUUUAUGCUGAGAUUUGCAUUUCAUUUUAAGUAUGAGGUUGUUUUUGUGAGUUUUAAGUUAAGUUUGUUUUGAAGAUUGAGUUUUGAGAGGAAACAAAUUGUGGGUUUUGAGUGUUUGUAUGAAAAAGGUUGAGUCUUUAUUGAGAUUUUUGCAAUUUGAGUGUCAAGAUUGAAUGAAUACAUGUCAUUUUGUAGCAUCUAAGUUAAAGGGUUUGUUGUUUUUUCUUGGAUUUGUGAAGGAUGAUUUAGCUAAUGCAAGUUUUGUGCUUCUGGGGUUGAAAGGUUGUACACUAUACAUAGUGAUAUUGAGGUUUAGAUAGUCUUUUUUUGCAAAAAGGGGGAAAUGGGGGCGGGGAUUACAAGGUGGGGAGUCGAACCCUCACCAACAGGGUGAAAUUUCAGGUAGCAAACCAACCAACUGAGCUACUAAGAUCCCCCAGUUUUGGUUUUAGGAGGCGGUAGACGUAUGGAAUUUUGAGGAUUCAGAGGCCUAAAAUUGAAUUAGGAGACAGAAGCAGAGGGGAGUUUUGUUCAAUGUCAGGAGCUUCAAGGGUAAGGUCAAUGAAUGUAGCUGAUUCAGAAGCAAGGCCAGUUCUUGGACUAGCUGGGAAUAAGGCACAGAGGUCACCUGGUUCAAGAAAAUCUGUUUCGAAACCUACGAGAAAGAUAGUGAAGUCAAAAGAGGAGCUUGAGAUGGGAGAUAAAAAUGGUCACCAACCAUCCCCUUCAUUGCUUUCUUUUGAUGUUCCCUCAAUACUUAGGCGACAGGAGUCGUUGUAUUCCAACUUUUCACUUAGUGCUUCAUGUUCUUCUGAUGCCUCGACGGAUUCAUUUCACAGCAGUGCUUCAACUGGUAGGAUAUAUAGAAUGAAUAGUACCUCAAGCAGAAGGAAGCAGUUGGCGUCGAAGUCCAAAAGGAUAGUUUCAGAUGAUAUAUCAGACUCUUCAAUUGACGGUUCGCAAUCCAAGAAAAGAUGUGCCUGGGUGACACCUAAUACAGAUCCAUCUUAUGCUAAUUUUCACGAUGAAGAAUGGGGAGUUCCAGUCCAUGACGACAAGAAGCUAUUCGAGCUCCUUGUCCUUUGCGGGGCAUUGGCUGAACUCACAUGGCCUUCCAUUCUUUGCAAGAGGCACAUAUUCAGAGAAGUAUUCGCAGAUUUUGAUCCCAUAGUAGUGGCCAAGUUGAAUGAAAAGAAGACUUUAGCUCCUGGAGGUACAGCAUGCUCACUAUUAUCAGAACUUAAACUGCGAGGCAUCAUUGAAAAUGCUCGUCAAAUGUUGAAGGUUAUAGAUGAAUUUGGAUCAUUUGACAAGUAUAUCUGGAGCUUUGUGAACCACAAGCCUAUAGUAAGUGGAUUUAGAUAUCCUCGUCAAGUUCCGGUGAAGACAGCAAAAGCAGAUCUGAUUAGCAAAGACCUAAUUAGGAGAGGUUUCCGGGGCGUGGGACCUACUGUGGUCUACUCUUUCAUGCAGGUUGCUGGUAUUACAAAUGACCAUCUUAUUAGUUGCUUUAGAUUUCCUGACUGUGUUGAAUCUGCUGAAGGUAAAGAGAAGGACUCGAACAACGAUGAAACUGAAGCAACACAAGCCAACAAAGCAAACGAAACAGAGAUAUGUAGAUCAAUCGAUGACUUGAGUUUCUCCUCAGAGUGAUUUUCAUCUUUGUGUUAUUCAGGUGAUAUAAAGACUUGUAACAACUGGUUAAAUUCACAUAGAUUAGCUGCAAAAACUGGUUGUGUACAGAGAAAUGAGUCAAUAUCUAUGCAUAUCAUAGAAUUCUUGAUAUUUUUAGAUUACUAGAUCAAGAUUAACUAGGAGUAACUUCUGUUCAUGUCUAUAAAUGAAUGAAGUUUUUUGCAAGUCAAAA